CUCAAUAGUUUUGAGGACCAAAGAGCAUCUGCUUUCGAGAGUGCCGAAGACCGAGAACUUAGAUAUGACCGGAUUCGAACGACCGUCCUUAAACACAUGUUCAACUCGGACUGGAAAUUCGACACCUUGGUCGAGAAGCACAUCUCGGAAGUCGAGAUGCCGACUGCAAUAUACAUUCGAAAUCCAGAUACCAAACAAUUGGAGAAUUAUCGAGGACCGCGACCCGGUGGAGCUGAUCCUCUCCCAGACCUCAAGGUAUUGACGCGAACACCCUGGCCUGGUGCGUUGGUCCAAGGUCUACCUCCAACAGUACCCGCUUCAGAGUCUAUGUCCUAUAUUGUUCGGACCCAUCCAAUGCGCGGAAAGUUCGAUCCUAACCGCGCAAAAGAGCUUGGAGUCAAACCAGGUCGCGACUUCGCUACUCUUACGACAGGAGCAAGUGUACGAAAUGCAAAGGGAGAGACAAUCACCUCUGAUAUGGUUCUAGGUCCAGAGCGACCAGGACAAGGUUUUGCCGUGCUUGAUGUUCCUUCCGUUGAGUAUAUCGAGCCUGUUGUCAAUCGAGAGGAGUUGCUGUCAUGUAGUGUCAUGCAGGACGUUCAAGCUUGCAUAUGGAUUCUUGGACCAGGCGUCUCGGGACAUCCUAUUCUUCAACAGUUUAUGCAGAGGCUGGAUCAAGUGAAGCACAUCAUCUCCUCCCUUGAUACAUGUCCGAACAGGUUGGCGCUAGAAUCUGUAGCUGCUCAAACGAUUCGCCUCGGGCAGGUCGAUGCAGAGAGAUACCACACACCAUUCCACGACAACACAGCGGUUCCCCAGAAAAGCUUACAUUCCAUUGCUAUCCAUGAUGUUGUGUCACCACCUAAUGCUACGGCUGCCGAUAAAGGCAUGAAGAUUCAAUUAAUGCCUAGAUUCUAUUUCCACGAAGAGCAGGUCGUACCACUCUUAGACAUUCCUGCUGUUGAGCAGGCAACCCCUCCAGAGAUCCUCGAACUGGCUAAAGCGGCUCGGAAGGCAAUAGAACAAGACCAUGAUGCUCUUCAAGAAUGGAGACAGAAAAUCCCGCGUCCUAAUACCGAGGUCAUUACUCUCGGGACUGGAUCUGCGCUCCCUUCAAAGUACCGCAACGUAUCAGCGACGCUUGUUCGAGUACCGGGUGUUGGAAACUACCUCUUCGAUUGUGGCGAAAAUACUUUAGGCCAGCUUCAGCGAGUCUUUGAUCCCGAGGAACUUGUUGAUGUGCUUCGAAAUCUACGACUGAUAUGGAUUAGCCAUCUUCAUGCGGACCAUCACUUGGGAACUACAUCUGUCAUUAAAGCUUGGUAUGGAGUAGUGCAUAGCAGUGUUCCUGUUAGAACGCCCCCAAUUAUAGCAUCCAUUCCGACCGUUACUCACAUGUACGGAUUGUCGGUAAUUUCACAUGAAGGCAUGCUUGGAUGGCUCCACGACUAUUCGUCGGUAGAAGACUUUGGCUAUAGCCGCAUUCUGCCUCUUCAGAUCUCUCCUGUGCUGUCUGGAACCGAUUCAGGCUCCGUCCUCGAGUUGUGUCCGACUCUACGACACCCAACAUAUGACGGCGAACAUAUCCUCAGGCAACGAGAUUACGAGACCGUUCUUGGGCUGUCAGAUAUCCAAGCCUGUCUAGUCGCCCACUGUCGAGGCGCCAUGGCAGUUUCAAUAACAUUUCCGAAGCUACUUUCUGAACCUGAUCCGCUCAAGAUCUCUUAUUCAGGAGACUGCAGGCCCAGCAUGAAGUUCGUUGAAAUCGGUCGCAACAGCACGGUCCUAAUCCACGAAGCGACUUUCGAUGACGAGCUCCUGGGCGACGCAAAGGCUAAGAAGCAUUCUACAACAUCAGAAGCUCUGGGCAUCGGAGCGAAAAUGAACGCUAAAGCGGUGGUCUUGACGCACUUCAGUCAACGGUACCAGAAGAUUCCAGUACUAGAGACAGUUGAUAAUGGUGAGCAAGAGGAUCCACUCCUAGGUCCAAAUGGUGCAGAAGAUGUGACAGAAGAGGCGGUGGUGGAGGAAGACGUUGAUGUUGAUGUUGGCUUGAUGGCAGAUAAUAUGGAUAUGGUGACCGCUAAUGCUACUUCAUCCGCUUCCGUACGCCAACACUCACAUCCGCGUCCCCAUCCCCAUUCCCAUUCGCAACAUCAAGAAACGAAUCAAGAGUCCAACGAACAAGUUAUCAAAGUCCACUCUAAAGACAUGAAAGUCGCAAUCGCAUUCGACUACAUGCGCGUCAAAACCGGCGAUAUUGCGCAACUGGAGAAGUUUACGCAUGCCCUAAGUAAGCUUUUUGCGAACCCCGAGGAAGAAAAGGGUGAGAGUGAUGAGAGUGAGAGGAAUGGGAAUGGGAAGAAGACGAGUCUGGAUGGGCAGAGCGGGAAGAAAAAAAAGGCGAAAAGGAAUAAUUAGGAGGCAGGGAUUUGGAUUUGUAUGAUAGUGCUGCUGUAAGGAUAUGUAUAUGAUAUAGAAUUGGAUGCGUUCUUGGUGUGUCGGAGGCGGAGAUUUGUGGCAUUUGAUAGAGUCAGC